AUGUCCAAGUAUAAAUGGAAGGACCUAGUUAAGUUGAAGUCUAAGAAUGAAUCAUACGAGUCACCACUCUCUGUUUUAUGUCACAUUGAUGUCAACUGUUUUUACGCACAGGUGGAGGCAGUUAGAUGUGGUUACACUAAGGAUGACCCUGUAGUAUGCGUGCAGUGGAACUCUAUUGUAGCAGUAUCGUACGCCGCUAGAAAGUACGGCAUCACCAGAAUGAACACCAUCCAGCAAGCUCUUAAGAAGACACAAGAUUUGAUUCCAAUUCACACGGCAGUCUUCAGGAAAGGUGAAGAUUUUUGGCAAUAUCAUGAUGGGUGGGGGCCUUGGAAUGAAGAUAAGGAGAAACAGCUGCCGUCCUCGAUCUAUAAAAUCUCUUUAGACCCUUAUCGAAGAGAGAGCCGUAAGAUCUUCAAGAUAUUUACAGAGUACUGUGAUUUGGCCGAAAAAGCUAGUGUAGAUGAGGUCUUUUUAGAUAUUGCAAGGCUAUGCUUACAAAAGCUUAUGGGCAGUGAACAAAUUUUGCCUGGUAAGGAAAAUCACAACACUAUACAAUUGAUGCAGCAGAUGUUCAAGGACGGGACUUACGAUAGUGAUGCAUUUUUACCUCCAGUGCCUGAAGAACUGAAGGAGUUGAAGUUUGUUGGUAAUUUGCUCAAUCCCAAUGAUGAACCAUUGAUUGAAGACUGGGAUGAUGUGCUGUUUGCACUAGGAUCGCAGAUAGCGCAAGAACUUAGAGAUGAAAUUAGGCAAAAUCUGGGUUACACGACAUCAUGCGGGUUGGCGCGUACUAAGAUCGUCUGUAAACUAGCUUCCAAUUUCAAGAAACCUGAUGCGCAAACGAUAAUCAAGAAUAGUUGUAUUAACGCAUUUCUGGACAUUGGAAAAUUUGAGAUUACUAGUUUUUGGUCGCUUGGCGGAAUCUUGGGCAAAGAGCUUAUUCAAGUUUUACAUUUGCCUGAAGAUGGUACCAUCAGAGCUGUUAGAGAGAGAUGGCCACAGAGGGAUGACCUGAGGAUUUAUCUCAAUCGUUCAGCUCGAGAGUUUGCUAGCAAAGGUCAAGCAAACGGCAUUAUUGACCUAUCCAGGACAAACGAAGUCGCUGACAAACUAUAUGACGCAGUUCGAGGUCAACAUCGACUUCCAGUGGUCCCUCAAACAAUGGUCAAAUCUUUGAUGUCAAACAAGAAUAUGACAGGUCAAGCUUGUAAUAGCUUAGGAGACUGCUUUUCGUGGCUCGAAGUAUUUGCUGGGGAACUUGCAGGGCGAGUUCAUGAACUUCAGCAGGAAUAUAACAAGAUUAUAAUACCGAGAACAGUUCACGUCUUGGUGCGUGCAAAAUCAGGAGAAGCACAUAGUAAGUCAUGCCAAUUUCAACAGAACGGAAAACUGAGUAGCCAAGACCUCCUUAAAGCUGGUGCUAAAUUAACAGCAGAGAUCGACGCCAGAUUUGCCAGAGGCAAAGAGUACGCAUUCUAUCCUCUGCAGAACAUAAAUAUGUCUCUAUCCAAUUUAGAGGUUCUGUCUUCCAAGAAAUCCGUGGUUGAAAUGUUUGGUGGUCAAGCUAGUGCACAUAAAUCUAAAAUUGAAUUGCCGCCAAUAAUUGACUUGCCGAAAAGUGGCUCAAGUGAAGUUCGGAAUGACUAUUCAUGCCGCUCUUGUAAUAUAACCUUCAAUAAUGAGAAAGAUUUCCAAGAACACGCAGAUUUCCACAUCGCCAUGAGUUUAUCCGAGAAGAUAAAUGGAACAAGUGAAGGUUCAAACAACCUUUCACUAGGCGAAAGACGACUCUUGAACUCUCAGAAAAGAAGAGGUAGUACACCGGAAUUGCCAGGUAAGAGGAGACCGAAAAAGAAGAAGAAUGAUAGGGGAUCGGCGACUGACAUUUACCACUAUUUUGCUAAAGGCUAG